GUUUGGGAGAAACUGCACAGACAGGACUCUAAAGUUAGAAUCUCCUGACUUUUCACAAGAUGCUGGACUGGAGGUCAGCAAGUGCACAUUUUAUCCUGGCUGUGACAUUGAUGCUGUGGAGCUCAGGAAAGGUGCUGUCAGUGGAUGCAGCAACUGAGGCUUUUGAUGUGGGAAUCAGAGAUGUGCAGUCACCACCCACAGCCAGGGAAGAAAAAUCAGCAGCUGAUCUGGCAGCAAAACUCAUGCUUCUUGAUGAACUUGUGUCUCUGGAGAAUGAUGUGAUUGAAACAAAGAAGAAAAGGGGCUGCUCUGGUGUUGGGAAAGUAGUAGAUCACCCAAAAAGACGAUUCGGUAUCCCCAUGGAUCGGAUUGGUGGAAAUCGGCUUUCAAAUUCCAGAGGUUAAUUGAUUCCAAUUAUGUGACUUCCUUGGGUGAAAUGUCACAGAAACACGGAAGAUGCUUCAGAUGUUCUUCACACUCCUUAAUGAUUAAACUUUGAAGGAACUGACCUUCUGCAAAUUCUUUCCAAAGCUUGAACUUAGGUCUAUCACAUCCCAGUGUUGUUACAGCCUUAAGUAAAUUAUGCAGAUCAUUUCAAAGCAUGGAUAUUUUUUAAUUUACAUUUUAGUUGUUCAGGAAUAGUUACAUGACCCCAAACUUUAUUUUUCUAAGAAAUAGUCAAACAACACAACAUAGUGAAAUGCUUUCUAUAUGCAUUUACGUUUUACAUUUAUGCAGUUGAAGAAUAACUGAAGACUAAUUUGUUUCUGUAAAAUUUAGGUGCAAUCUGUCAGUAUUGGGGAACAAAAAGAAGACAAUGCUGUGCGUUUUCUCUUUAAUGCUUUUACUUUUUCUUAUCCUUUGUCUAUGAACUUCUUGGGUAAUAAUUAUGAAAUUAGCCUUCUCAUAUUAUAUUCAAAUUUCAGUCAUUUUCUAUCAAAUAAUACUCAGCCCUAGUUCUAGAAAUAAGCAAAAGAAAUUCUCUGAGCAAAGAAAAAAAAGCAAUAAUUAAGCCCAUAAAUUUUAGUCUCCCAGAGAACUGAGAAAAUACCCGCAGGUCAGAGCAUUUUGACUUGUAGUUAGGAAGUGAAGGAUACUACUCAUCUGUCAAGCUUGGGUAUCCUGUGUCCCCUAAUAACUUUCCUUUUCUCUCAAUUACAACUGAUAAUUAAGAGCAGCAGUGGCUGAUUACGAGAACUACUCACAGAAGUAACAGAUGAAAGUGUGGGGAAGUCAAAGAAUAUCAAGUAGUAGACCAUCAGUAUAGUCUGCGGCCGGUUUAAAGACACAAAAU